ACAGGAAAUGCAAAUGCCUUCAAAGGGUUGAAAAACAAUCGCUCCAACCAGUCCUGCAAAGCUCGACCUGCAACUUCAAGAGUCCUUCAAACCCAAGUGCAAUAGAGUGGACGACAUUGCUGUGAGUGAGUGCAUGCGGUGGUGGCCCUCAGCAUGGUGUUGCCACCACCGGACAAGCGGCAUGUGUGUCUUACCACCUUUGUCAUCAUGACCAGCAUGGCCUUCAUGGAUGCCUACCUGGUGGAGCAGAAUCAGGGGCCACGAAAGAUCGGCGUCUGCAUCAUUGUCCUUGUUGGGGAUGUCUGCUUUCUUAUUGUCCUCCGGUAUGUGGCGGUUUGGGUUGGAGCAGAAGUGCGGACGGCUCGACGAGGAUACGCUAUGAUCCUUUGGUUCCUCUAUAUCUUCGUGCUGGAGAUCAAGCUUUACUUUGUCUUCCAGAACUGUAAGGCUGAUCGCAAGAGUCUGGAGACUGUCGCCCGGAAGGCUUUGACUUUAUUGUUGUCCAUUUGUGUGCCAGGCCUCUACCUGGUUCUGGUGGCUCUGGACAGCAUGGAAUAUGUCCGUACCUUUCGGAGGAAGGAGGACAUGAGGGGUCGGCUCUUCUGGGUGGCUUUGGACUUGCUGGACCUGCUGGAUAUGCAGGCAAAUCUUUGGGAGCCACAGCGGACGGGUUUGCCCAUUUGGGCGGAAGGUUUGAUGUUCUUCUACUGCUACAUUUUGCUUCUGAUUCUUCCCUGCGUGUCCCUGAGUGAGAUCAGCGUGCAGGGUGACCACGUGUCCCCUCAGAAGAUGAUGCUCUAUCCUCUUCUCAGUCUGGUCACCAUUAACAUCGUCACCAUCCUCAUACGUGGCGUCAACAUGGUGCUCUUCCAGGACAGCCGGGUUUCCACCAUCUUCGUUGGCAAAAACGUGGUGGCCAUUGCGACCAAGGCAUGCACCUUUCUCGAGUACCGGAAACAGUCGCGUGAAUUCCCAAAUCGAGAGAACGCAACCGGAAUUCCCAUGGAAGUCCAGCAGAACUCGGUGGGACAUGGACAAGCUCUUCCGAAUGCUACGAGCCUCCCACAUGAACCCACUCCAGCACGGGAGAUUAUGGAUACAUGACCAAGGAACCAAAAUGAAGGAUUUUGUUUGACUUGGAGCCAACAAGAAGCAU